AUGGAAGUUCGUCAACGAUUAGAAAAUCAACAAAAUAACAACGAAUCUUUAAUUGAAGAAACACAAUCAAAUGAUAGUCAUGUUUCAUCAUCAUCAUCUGAAUCUUCUGACGAUGAAAAAAUUCAUAAAACCUCAUCUAUUUUAAUAGAAAAUAAUUGGAAAAAAGAUCAAUGGAAUAUAAGUCUUCUAUUAUUUCUUUAUUUAUUACAAGGUAUACCACUUGGUAUGGCAGCUUCAAUUCCACUUAUAAUACAAACAUAUGGUGCUAGUUGGUCUCAACAAGCUAUAUUUUCAUUUGCAUUUUGGCCAUUUAGUCUUAAACUUCUAUGGGCACCUAUUGUUGAUGCAUUAUAUUUAAAAAGAUUUGGUCGAAGAAAAACAUGGCUUAUACCAACUCAAUAUAUUAUCGGAUUUGUUAUGAUAAUUUUAUCAUAUUAUAUAUUUGAUAUAUUAGAUGAUCCAGCACCAACACCAGCUAAUCAUCAUCCACGUAUUUAUUUUUUAACAUCGAUAUUUUUUGGUUUAUCAUUUUUGGCUGCAACUCAAGAUAUUUGUGUCGAUGGUUGGGCACUUUCAAUGCUUUCAAAAGAAAAUCUAGGUUGGGCAAGUACAUGUAAUUCAGUUGGUCAAACAGCUGGAUAUGUUUUGGGAAAUGUUGUUUUUCUUGCACUUGAAUCAAAAGAUUUUGCAAAUCAUUAUGUACGUCAACCAUUAAAUUUGGAAUUACAAUCAACUGGAUUAAUUACUUUGUCUGGUUUUCUUCUUUUCUGUGGUAUUAUUUUUACAAUAUCAACAACAUUAAUUGCCUUAUUUAAACAUGAAAUUGAUGAAACUUAUAUUUCAAAUGAACCUCAUUUUGGUCUUAUUGAAACUUAUCAAGUUCUUAUUAAAGUUCUUCGUUUACCAUCAGUUCGAAGUAUGGCAGUUAUUUUAUUAACAAUUAAAAUUGGUUUUUGUGCAGUAGAUUCUAUGACUGGAAUUGAAUUACUUGAACGUGGUGUUACAAAAGAUUCAUUAGCUUUAUUAGCUAUACCAUUAACACCAUUAGAAAUUCUUUUACCAUUUUUUAUUUCAAAAUAUACAACUGGAACAAAACCAUUGAAUGUCUUUGCUAGAUCACAUCCAUUUAGAUUAUUUCUUGGUGUUAUAAUGGCAUUAUUUGUUUAUUUUACACCAUCAUUUCAAAAUUAUAAUAAAACAUUUCCUUGGUAUUAUUAUACAUUAGCAAUUAUGAUCUUUAGUAUACAACAAGUAUUUGUAUACAGUAUGUUUGUUUCACAAAUGGCAUUUUUUGCACAAGUCAGUGAUCCUAAAAUAGGUGGAACAUAUAUGACAUUACUUAAUACAUUAACAAAUCUUGGUUCAAGUUGGGUUUCAACAGCUGUUUUAUAUUCGGCUGAUUUUUUAACAUGGAAAAAAUGUACAUUAAGUGAUGAUAGAUGUCGAACACCAGCUGAAGAAAAAAAUUGUGCUUUGUUAGGUGGUAUAUGUCGACCAUAUAUUGAUCCAUAUUAUAUUGCUGUAACAAUAUCUACAAUAGCUGGAAUUAUUUGGUUUAUAUGGAAAUAUGGAGCAAUGAUGCGUUUACAAGAUUUACCAAUAAGUUCAUGGAAAGUACAAAAGAAUAAUCAAAAAAAUAAACCAUUGUCAACAAAUGAUUAA